AUGGCGAAGAGUCAGUCGGAGCAGGUGUGGCAGGAGGAGCUGCCCGCCGCGAACUUCACGUAUGUGCGCGACUCGGCCGAGGAGAAGGCGCUCGUGCGCAAAAUUGACAAGCGAAUCGUCCCAACCGUCUGGAUCCUAUACACGCUCUCCUACCUCGACCGCGCGAACAUCGGGAACGCGAAGGUCGGCGGGAUGGAGGAGGACCUCGCGCUCACGUCAACGCAGUACUCCGUCUGCCUCCUGCUCUUCUUCGUUUCCUAUGUCAUCUUCGAGGUCCCGUCAAACAUGAUCCUCACGCGUGUGCGGCCAUCUAUCUUCCUCUCGGUCCUGUGCUUCGGCUGGGGUGCGGUCGCCGCGUGCAUGGGCGCGGUGAACAACUGGCAGCAGCUCGCGGGUGUACGGUUCUGCUUGGGUGUCAUCGAGGCGGGCUUUGCGCCGGGUGUCGCGUUCUAUCUGUCGUCGUGGUACAAGCGUCAUGAGCUUGCGAAGCGGUAUUCGAUUUACUAUACGGCGACGGCUGUCUCGGGUGCUUUCUCGGGCCUGCUCGCUGGUGUCAUCACCGACCACUUGAAGAUGGCGCGCGGUAUUGAGGGCUGGCGCUGGCUGUUCAUCAUCGAGGGCGCGGGGUCGUGCUUCCUCUGCAUCUUCACCUGGUACAUCCUCCCCGACUGGCCGUCGACCACCAAGUGGCUCAGCCCCGAGGAGAAGUUCAUCGCCGUCCAGCGCCUCGCCGCCGACGGCAUCGGCAACACCGGCACCGGGAACCAGCCCACGCACUCCGAGGCCGCCAAAAUGGCCUUCACCGACUGGCGCACCUGGGUCCUCGUCUUCAUGUACAUGCUCGCCACGGGCUCGCAGACCAUCCAGUACUUCAUCCCCACGCUCGUCGGCCAGCUCGGGUACACCGGGUACGACAAGCAGUACAUGACGAUCCCCGUUUAUGCUGUCGCGUUCGUGUUCAUCCUGCUGUUCUGCUUCACCAGCGAUAUCCGGAGGGAGCGCGGGAACUACAUCACGCUGGGCGGGCUGCUGGCAGGCGUGAGCUUUAUCAUCACGGUCGCGGUGAACAACGAGCAUGUGAAGUAUGGGUUUCUGUGCAUCGCGGUGGGCGCGGUGUAUGCGGUGUGCCCACUCACGCUGCUGUGGGUGUCGGGGAUCAUCGACCAUCCGGCGGAGAAGCGCGCGGUGGCGAUUGCGAUUGUGAAUGCUCUGGGUAACUCGGCGUCCAUCUACGGCUCGUUCUUGUGGCCGGCCUCGACGGGUCCGCGCUACGUGCAGGGCUUCGCGACCACGACGGCGUUUGUGCUCCUGCUUGCUAUCAUGGCGCAGGUGAACAAGUUCCUCAUCCGCCGGUAUCCGGGCAAGCGCCUCGAGGAGUCGUUCGAGUCGGGAGGGGUCUCGAGGGAGGAGAAGGACAUCGAGAGCGUCUGA